AUGAGUUUUAGGCAUUUUAAGAGGAGAGCUGUUACGAGCUCAGAGAAAGAAAGCUCUUCAGCGGAUGAACACGAUUUCGAUGAGGACAUUCAUGUACUAAAGAAGUCAGUCUCUGUAAAAGAGAAGUCUUCAACAGCAGAAAGUAUAGAAGAGACACCAAAGAACGACACGAAUCAAGACGACGAAGAAUCAAACGAUGGUGAAACCGAAGCCGGUUCUGAAAGUGAGGAGAGUAGUGAUUGCAGUAGUACUAGUGAAAAUGGAGAUAUAAUACCUUUACAGAGACCUUUGUUUUUGAAAAAAGUAAACAAAAACAAACAACGAGCUCCUACAAUCGAUAAAGAUCAAAACGAAAGUGAUACGCAUGCUGAGCAGAAAAAGAAAUUUACUGUGAUGAAAAGAAUUGACAAAGCUAACCAAGCGGCACAGAAGCAUGAAAUAAUGAGGCUGCAUUUUGACACCAAUUACAGUACCAAUGAGGAAUUGAUCAAGCAAUGUAUGCUUCUUAAUGAUAACGAUUAUGUCGAUCCAGAAAAAGAGAGACUCGCGUGGCUAAAAAGACAAGAGGAACGUAGUCAAAGAUAUAGGAAUGCCCAACUUGCCAAACAACAACUUCUGGAACAAUAUGAAGCAAACAAAUUCGCCUCAAUGCAAAAAGAUAAAGACAGACAUUCCAGGUUUGAGGUCGCCACAGACACAGGCAAAGAGCAGGUGACUACUAUGAAACAAACGUCGACUGAGAAAUCUAAAAAAUCAUACGACAACAAUCGCUACAAAGUCACAAGAGCUAAAAAUAUUGAGUUCCGCAAAAAUAGUGCACAUGAAAAUGAAAAUGACAAAAACGAUGCAGAAUCUGAAUCUGAAUAUUCUAUCAUAUAA